UCAACGGAAACCAACAUGGCAGAUCGCUCACAGUUAAAUUCCUGUUCCAUCAUCCCCUCCAAGAAGGCCAAAAUCAAAGAUGUACCAGGUCUCCAGAAUCAUGAGGGUGAAAAUCAAGAUGUGUCAGCUCCGGUUUUUACCCGCAAGCUCCGUAAAGCCGCAGUAGGAACGGGCUGUGAUAUCCGGCUGAGGGUGUCAGUGUCAGGACAUCCUAAACCUUUGAUGACCUGGUACCACAACGAGGAGCUGAUUCCCCCCUCAGAAGCUCAGGACUCAGGAGGACUGUGGAUAAGGGAAUGUCGCACAAAUGAUGCUGGCCUGUAUACCUGCGUGGCCUCCAGUGAGCUGGGUGAGGCAAGCUGUAGCGCGGUGUUGGCUGUUAUGGACCUUGGUGAAGGUUUUUGCCCCUUGUUCCUUGAUUCUUCGGCUUCUUGUUUUCCAUCAUUUCUGAGAGAAGGAUUCUUUUGUGAAGUCAAGCCACAGGUAAUCUUGAUUUCGCUUGAAAAGAGGCACCACUUGAAGAUGAAGAAGAUCUGGUCCAAGAAAAGAUUUCAGAGAACUGGGCAUUCCACACGGACAUUUGGCAGAUUCACCCAUGUUUUCCGCUCCUGCCGAAAGCAAAGCUAUGACUCUGAGACGACAGAAGAUGAGACCACCGAGCCUCAGAUGGAAACCAAAGAAGGGCCUGGGAGGCACCAGGACAAGGCUGGAAGGAAAGGACUAUCAGGUGAUGGAGGAAGGUUGAUGGACUAUAACCCGGACGCUUCAGAUCGCAGGGCCACCCUCCCUGGCACCUAUGACCCUGUAGUGGAACGAGAGCUCCGGGCUCUGGGCUCCCGCCCUCCAGGCCCGUAUUUGGACCCCACAAACCCAGCAAGGCAAGCCUUCAGCGGGGGCCCCACCGAGGGGGCGGCCCCCGUCCGUCACCUCGGUGUGGAACCUCUAAUCCGAGCGUCUCAUGCUAACCUGGCCCGGCCCGUGCAAGGGUCAGAGGAAAGUGUCUCUGUUGGAAGCGACUACUAUGGGAGCAUGUUCAGCCUCUACAGAGGAAGAACAUUUUCUAUGCCCUUAUAUCCACAACUCCGUUUCCCCCCAAAUCCUCACUCCUGUAGGAACAAAACUGCUGAGGAAUCGUGGGGGCUCUCCUCUCAUGUCCCCCCACCCUCUACCCAGCCAACUUUAAGCAAAAGCCUUGAUAAAGACAAAACUGAAGACCCUCAAGCAUCUAAGAUUUCUGGCACUUGCGAUGUUAUCAUAACUCCGAAACUGGCCCGUGCUGGACCCAAGAUCUUUGACAAGGUGCGGGCCUUUGAGGAGCGAAGGAAAAGUGUGGAUCUGUCAGGAGGGGCGGCAUCCGUGGACUCAGAUGACAGUGGAAAGAAGACAGGAGGCCCCAGCAAAGAGGAGGGAAGAAUCCUGCAGGGAGUAGCCCAAAAGAGAGCAGCAUUCCAGCACCGGGCCUCCUCACUGGAGGACAAGACAACCUAUUCCCAGAGGGUUCAGAGCUACCAGAACAAGUUUGCAGAGGAGCUCCAGAGGAUUAAGAAACUUGUGGGGAAAUCGAGCCUAAAGAAGGCAUACUCGACUGAGCAGCUGUCGCAGAAGGAAAGGAUAAACACAGGGAAAAUAGAGCCCAUUCCUCAGCAUGUGGUUCGAAAGUUGGAAUCCAGGGAGCGUGCUCUGGAAUAUGAAGGAAAAGCUGGAGGGAUGGAACGGGACCAUAUGUCCCAGGUUCCUCCACAGAUCCCAGGCGGACCUUUAGGAUAUCAAAGUAAGAAUCCUCAUGGGAAUAAUGUGGCACGAACGGCUAAGGGCUCAUCCCGAGAAAGCUCUGGGAAAAGCUCAGUCACUAUGGAAACGGCACCAGUUCCGCAGUUGCCAGGACAACCACUGGCAACGUCAACCAAAAAGGGUCUAAUCAGUGAAACUCUACGAAGCUCACCAGCAGCUGACAAACACACACUUCUUCCCACUUCCUUCAAAUCUUCGUCCUCCUUCAGAGAUCCGGGAAUAGAUCCAAAAAGAGAGCUAAAAUCACAUCAGGGAUCCCCCAGCCCAACUGGGAAGAGAUCAUCCCCUGUAACAGCAAAGCAACCAUCAUCCCAAUAUCCACCCAAACCCAACCGGCCGACACCAACACUCCCUCCUCCGCUUAGCCCCUUACUGAAAAAGAGGAGGGCUGAGGUGGGAAGGGUCUCUCCCGCAUUGAAAGUGAACAUCCCCACAAUCCUGGUGGAGGACGAGCCCAUGGAAGACGAAGGUCCAACAGAUGAAAGCAAAGGGAACCAUGAAAGCAGAAGAAGGGAAGGUCGGGUACACAAAAGCAAGAAAGGCCAUUCAAGAAAUCCAAUGUCUUCAGGGGAAGGGGGUUCAUCUGAUAACUCCUCUGCUGAUGAAGAACCAGGCGAGGGCCCAAGGUUUGUUAAACCUCUCCAGGACAUCACAGUACCAACUGGCUCUGAGGUCAAACUGGAUUGCAUCAUCACUGGCAGCCCGGCGCCAACAGUGACAUGGAGGAAGAACAACGUAGAGCUGCGCAGCGAUGCUUUUUAUAAGGUGAAAACAGAAGGCGAGGUGCACACUCUCCUGAUAAAGGAGCUCAGGCCCCAUAAUGCCGGAUCAUACUGCGUCACAGCAGCCAACACGGUGGGGAUCUCGUCCUGCAGCGCCACCCUCUACAUCCGGUCAGAACCCAGCCACAUGCAGUGUGGGGAAUCAGCUGCAUCCGUGGAAGUCAGCAGUCCAGUCCAGUCAGACGAGGAGUAUCUUAGCCCUCAGGAAGAGAAGAUGGAGGUUGGAGACUCACCAUCCUUGCAUAAAGAUGUCUCCUUUCAUGAACCUCUCUCAUUUCAGGUGGCACCCUGUGACCAGGCAGUAACUGAGAGUCAAGAUGUUGUUAUUUCAGCAAAAAUCAGAGGGCAUCCCAAACCCACGGUGUUAUGGUUAAAGGACAGAGCGGCGGUGAAGACAGGAGGGCGCUUUGUUGUGCGAGAGAUGGAAGAUGGCACCUGUGAAAUGAGAAUCAGCUCUGCUCAAAGGUCAGAUGCAGGACUUUAUGUUUGUGAGAUCAACAACGAGUGUGGAAUGAAGAAGGUGGAGUGCAGAGUAGAGGUCAGAGCAGUAGCAGGGAUAGAGCUCAGAAUCACCAGAGCAGUUGAAGACAUGGCAGUGAAAGCUGGGGAGUCGGCAAUAUUUGAGUGCCACAUCACUGGGCCACAAGAUGUGGAGGUUGACUGGCUGUCUAACGGAAAGCUCAUCCAGCCUGCACUGCUCAACUGCAAGAUGCAUUUUGAUGGAAAGAGGUGCCGUCUAAUGCUCAAUUCAGUGCAUGAGGAUGACAGUGGGACAUAUACUUGCAAACUGAGCACUGCCAAAGAGGAGCUGACCUCAAGUGCAAACCUGAGGGUGACUCCAUCAAGAGAGCCUUUGUUUACUCGUAAACUGGACAUCUUGGAAGUCAUCGAAGGACGCACCGCACGCUUUGACUGUAAGGUGAGCGGAUCACCUGCUCCGCGAGUCACAUGGAUGCACUUUGAGAGACGAGUGGAGGAGAAUGAUAACAUCCGCAUCCUUCAAGAGGGGGGUCGUCAUUCACUCGUCAUCUCCCACAUUAGCAGCGACACGGAGGGCUUUUACACCGCAAGCGCUCAGAAUAUUUAUGGAAAGUCUGAAUGUACUGCUGAGCUCUAUGUGCAAGAAUCAAGGGUGGCCAUCUCCUCCCACAUGGCCAAAUUAGAGAAGAUGCCUUCCAUCCCAGAGGAGCCUGAGGUGUUGGAAAACGAGUUGGAAAGAAGAACCAUGCCAGACUUUGUCAAGCCUCUGGCUGAUGUGGAAGUGAUCGAAGGUAAGGAAACCAUGCUGAAAUGCAAAGUGUCCGGCCUGCCCUAUCCAACCAUCGCCUGGUACCACAACGGCAAGCGCAUCGAGAGCAGCGAGGAGCGCAAAAUGAUCCAGCACAGGGAUGUCCACAGUCUGGUCAUUCGGGGAGCUUGUCAUGCUCACGGGGGCGUCUACAAGGCAGUCAUUUCCAACAAAGUGGGUAAAUCAGCCUGCUACGCUCACCUCUAUGUUACAGAUAUUGUUCCUGACCCUCCUGAUGGUCCUCCAGUUAUUGACGCCAUCACAGGGAAAACUAUAACCCUUAGCUGGAAGCGACCAAAGAGGCUUGACCCUUCACUGGAUGCCAGCUCUUUGCUGUUCAUGGUCCAGCAGCAGCCUCUGGGAUCCAUCCAAUGGUCUGUUGCGGCAUCUAACCUGAAGGAGACAAAUUACACUGUUCCCUCCCUGUCCAAGGGAGUCCGUUACGCUUUCAGGGUCCUGACAUCAACCGGGAAGACACUAAGCAAACCGUCCCCCUCCACUGACCUGGUCCAGCUGCUGGACAGAGGGCCAUAUUUGAGGAAAGCACCUGUUAUCUUGGACAAACCUGACAUUGUGUUUGUGGUUGAGAGCCAACCUGCAAACAUCACUAUUACGCUGAAUCAUGUACAUGCAGUUGUCACCUGGAAAAGGAGGGGAGUUGCACUGGUUAGCAGACCAGGAACUUAUGAGAUGAGUAUGCCAGAUGAUGAUCAACAUGCCCUGAGGAUACAGCGGGUCAGGAACUCUGACAUUGGUCAGCUGGUAGUUACAGCUAGCAACCAGUUUGGCAGCGACCUCUGCACACUGCAGCUGGCCAUGGCAGUGCCUCCUAAAUUUGAAUCCAUCAUGGAAGAUGUGGAUGUGCAUGUUGGGGAAACAUCCUGUCUGGCUGUAGUGGUGGAAGGGAAACCAGAUCCUGAUAUUCUGUGGCUUAAAGAUAAUCUCCUUCUCUCCGAGAGCAGCCACUUCACAUUUGUGUAUGACAACCCUGAAUAUUCCCUGGUCAUCCUGAGCGCUAAGCUGGAACACUCUGGCGUGUACACUUGCACCGCCAAGAAUGUGGCUGGCUCUGUAUCCUGCAAGGCCGAGCUCACAGUUCACACAGAGCGAAAAGCAGCAGCCGAGCCAGUGGAGGACGAGGGGACCAUUCUGAGGAAGAUGAGGCGUUUGACGGAUUAUUAUGAUGUUCACAAAGAGAUAGGGAGGGGAGCCUUCUCCUAUGUGAAGAGAGCAACGCUUAAGACAGAACCAACAGAUUUUGCUGCUAAAUUCAUCUCUGCCCGAGGACAGAGGAAAGCCUUGGCCCUCAGGGAGAUGGAUCUGCUGUCUGAGCUGGACAACAACCAGAUUCUUUACUUCCAUGAUGCUUUUGAGAAGAAGAACAUAGUGGUGCUCAUUACAGAAUUAUGUCACGAAGAAAUGCUGGACAGAAUGGCCAAGAAAACAAUGGUCAUGGAAACGCUGAUUCGCAGCUGUGUUCAACAGAUUCUGCAGGGGCUUCAAUAUCUUCACCAAAAGCAUAUAGCUCAUCUUGAUAUAAAGCCUGAAAACAUUCUAAUGGUAAGUCCAGGAAGUGACCACAUUCGCAUUUGUGACUUUGGGAAUGCCAUUAAAUUGGAAAAUUCGGAGGAGUAUUACAGCAAAUACGGCACACCGGAGUAUGUCGCUCCAGAGAUUGUUAACCAAACUCCAAUUUCCACAGCCACAGACAUAUGGCCUGUCGGAGUCAUUACUUAUCUCUGUCUUACUGGGGUGUCUCCAUUUGCUGGUGAGAAUGACAGAGCCACUACGCUGAACAUCAGGAACUACAACGUAGCGUUCGAGGAGGGCAUGUUUUCGGAACUCUGCAAAGAGGCGAAAGGAUUCGUCAUCAAGCUUCUGGUGGUGGACAGGCUGAGGCCUAACGCCAUAGAGUGCCUUCGUCAUCCUUGGUUCAAGUCACCUACAAAUAAGAGCAUCAGUACAGCCAUGCUAAAGCAGGUUAUUGCCAGAAGGCGUUGGCAGCGUUCCCUUAUCAGCUAUAAAUCCAAGAUGGUAAUGAGGUCUAUUCCAGAGCUGCUGAAUGACUCCUCCAGCCAUGUUUCAAUUGCUGUCGCCUGUCAUUUGAAAGAAGGCUCCCCGCCUCCCUCUUCCUCAUCCGAUUCCGACGCAGACGUUGACAAGCUUCCAUUUAUUCCGAUGCCCCUCUCCAUGGUUUUCUCUGGGUCCAGGGUCUCCCUUAAUGAGAUCCCAGGGGAUGAGGAUGUCAGAUGGCCAAAUGCUGAUGUUAUGAGUACAAGGAAAAACGUAAAUAUGGAUAUAGAUAUUUCUACAGCAGAGGGGAAUAAAAGCAUUAAAGAUGAAGAGGACACUCACAAUGGGGAGAGAAUUGGAAACGUUAAACAAGAAGACCUUAUGAAAGGACCAAGCGUAGAGUCUAAUGAAUCACAGACAAGAUUCAAAAGGGCUAUUAUGAGGAGAGGCAGCUCUGCAGAUUCAGCUCUGCUUCUCCACAUUGACCCAGAGGAAGGAAAUGCAAACGAGGGCUCAGAAGCAGUUCAGAAGAGCCUGAAAAAGGCUGUUUCUAUGGAACUGCCUAAUCGUAGCCCUAGCCCGGGGGCUACAAAAUUAAGUCAGGAGGAUUAUGCCUUAAAACUGGAGCUAAUGAGGCAAAGGCUGCUCAGGGGAGGAAGCGUCGAUAAAAAAUUGAGUGGCCUACGAGGGCCAUUGUUUGAAACCCUUGGCAUAGAUGAGGAGAGGCAGACGGGGUCUGUUGAGAGAAGUUUGAGAAGAUCCAGAGCAGGGCCAUCAACCCUUACCAGGGCACCAUCUUCUGAAAGUUCAGGAGAAGACACGCCAAAGACCAAGGUUUUUCGUAAAAGUGUCUCCUUCUCGCAGGGGGAUUCAGAGCCCAUGCUGCUGCACCGUAGGUUUGGAGCCCCCUUAGAAAUCCCAUCGGCUUCCAGUGCAAGCACAGAAGAGAAGAAACUUCAGGAGGCAAUUUCAAUGUCUGCACUGUCUGAACAAGCAACAGUGGAGUCUGCGUCCACCUCACCCAGAGAAAAAGCUUCCUUUGUUCUCCCACCAGCAGAAAAAAUGGACCAACUGCAAAAUAAUCGCAAUGUGAAAGAACAUUCGAAUGUAGAGGAAGAAACAGAGAAAAGGACCAAAGCAGAAUCUGAAACAAAAUCUGUAUCUGUUAUUACUCCAAAAAUUGUUAUAGAAGAGAAACGGAAAGAAGAGAGUAUAACUGAAAAGGCUAGAGUACCAUCCCAAACAUCAGCCAAGGCCCAAUCUAAAUCCCUUACUGCUGCGGACAAACCAAAUGAAUCAAAAUCCUCAAAUACAGUUUUAUUACUUGAGCAACCAGCUGUCAUUGCCACAGUAGCAACAGGAGACCAACCUCCUGGUUCUCCUUCCUCGUCGUCAAACCCUGAUCUUACUAUCAUCCCUCGCCAACCUGUUCUCAGAACGGACAUCAAAGACAUUGAUUCAGAGGAGGUCUUUGAGGCCAAGUUUAAGAAACAGGAGUCCUCCCUGACCCGUGGCCUCCGCAAACUGACCAAAAACAAAUCUGAGGAGAUAUCCCCAGUGUUGAGCCGCAAGACUGCUGAAGGUGGUGAGGAUAUUUACAGGCCAGGGCUGAGAGGGGCACCGCUUGAAAUAUUAUCCAAAGGACUUCAAGAGAAAUCCAAAUCUGUCCAAGAUUUAAGAGAGGUCGAUCAGGAAACAGGCAUUGGUCGGAUAGGGAGGUUUUCAUUGAGAGGCAAGAGGUCAACAUCUACUGAGAAAAAAGAGGAAAAGCAAGCAAAUAUACAGGAAACUGCUGUGAACAAGAGGGUUUCAUGGGCUAUUGGUCGCAGUAAGUCACUGGAUACAAAGGAUCUCAAUACUGCCGGAGCAAGGAGGCAAUCUGAGGAGAGAGAACCUAGAAGAACCGAGGAGUCAUCAGUUUCUGCAAUGAGACGGAAGUUUGAGUCCAAAGUUGCAGGAAUCUCUGCAAAACUAAGGAGUCAGUCAGAGGAGAGGAAAGCUAAGGAGGCUGGAGGGAGUCAGAAAGACCUUGUGCAAAAGGAUCUCAAUAAAGUCUCGGAAUCCCCUGUUCUAGCAAUGCGUCACAAGUUUGAGAACGAAGUAGCAGGAAUAUCCUCAAAAAUCCGCAGUCAGUCAGAAGAGAGAAAAGUAGAUGGAGAGGGUAGGAGCACACCCCUGUUUGCUCGACACCGUCAUUCCCACUCUGAAGGCCGUGGACUCAAAGGAAUGUGUAUCCCUGAAAAUCAGUUGGCGAAACAAACCGGUGCUGCUUCCUCAAAGGAAUCUAUUGAGUCCACCUCCAGCAUCCAUUCCGAUAAAGCCUCAGAGAGUGACAGACGAUCGCGAUGGGACAGGUGGGGCUUGACCAGGGGCAGGAGAGAGAAAACUCGCUCUCAGUCUGACUUGCCCUCAACUGCACCAAAGGAGGAAGGACUGACAAAAAGCCAGCAGUUCAUCCGCUCUGCUUCUGAUUUUGCUCCGGUUUUCCACAUUAAAUUAAAAGACCACGUCCUAUUAGAGGGGGAAGCUGUGACACUGAGUUGCCUUCCAGCUGCCAGUCCACACCCAGCAAUCACAUGGAUGAAGGAUCGGAAACCUUUAGAGGUGACAGACAACAGGCUCAAACGAAUCUCCCACCCAGACGGCAGGCAGCUUCUUACGAUUCAGAAGUGCAGUCACAGAGAUGCUGGGGUGUACGAAUGCGUAGCUACCAACCCAAUCGCUACUAUCACAACAUCCUGCACACUUUCUGUAGCUUCUGUUCCAAAACGACCUGGGACCCCUGAAGUAGCUCAGACAUACAACAACACGGCUCUGGUUCUGUGGAAGCCGUCAGACACAAAAUCUCCAUGCAGCUACUCUCUGGAAAGGAAAUGUGAAGGCGAUUUUAGCUGGGUAACUGUGGCCACUGGAAUAGCUGACUGUUACUACAACGUCACUGACCUGCCACCAGGGGGCACCAUUAAAUUCAGAGUCUCCUGUGUCAACAAGGCAGGACAAGGUCCUCACAGCAACUGCUCUUCUCCAGUCAGCUUGGACCCAACCCCAAGAGAAGAAGGAGCUUCACCUGCAGUUGCUGUUGUAAAAACAGUUCCAGCUCCACCUGAACCAGUGCUCACAAGCUCUCAGCUCAAACCCGCCCCAGAUGUCAGAAUCACCUCCACUUCUUCAACCUUCUCUGCUCUUCCGUCUUCCCUGGCCUCUAACCCUCCAACAAGUCCUCCAGUGCUGCCUGCAAGCACAACUCCAAAGGAAAAACAAAGCAGCGCUCUGACACCCUCUACCACAGUCAAAGCCUCUCCAUCCUUUGUCUUAAUGAAGCCCCAGAGUCCAAUAAAUGUGGUGACCCCUAUGACCCAGGCCCCAGUCACAUCUUCGCCUCCUGUUGUAAUCCCACAUUCCACCCCUACAAAACCUUUAGUCGUGUCGGUUCCCACCUACGUCCCUGCAAUUGCUGCCACCUCUCGCGUGGCUCCCACCCCUGUGUCUUUUUCCCCGCAAGUGCUCCAGACCUUUGGCCUGAGCCCCAUCGCAGAGGGGGCCAGCACCCCAACCCGAGGCACCCCGUCUGGACGCACCACCCCAUUUACUGCUCUGCGGCAGGGAGUUCCACAGAAACCAUACACCUUCCUGGAUGAGAAGGCCAGAGGUCGGUUUGGGGUGAUCCGUGAGUGCAGGGAGAAUGCGACUGGGAAAAUCUACAUGGCCAAAAUCAUUCCCUACAGCCAGGAGAGCAAGCAGGGAGUACUGAAGGAGUACGAGAUCCUGAAGUCACUUCACAAUGAAAAGAUUAUGGCCCUCCAUGAGGCCUACGUCACACCACGCUACCUUGUGCUGGUGGCUGAGUACUGCACUGGCAAAGAGCUGCUGUACACCCUCACUGACAGGUUUCGGUAUUCCGAGGAUGAUGUAGUUUGCUACCUGGUUCAGAUUCUCCAGGCUGUCGAGUACCUCCACAAUCACCGAGUCCUCCACCUAGACCUCAAGCCCGAAAACAUCUUGGUGACCAACCUCAAUGUUGUUAAGAUUAUAGAUUUUGGCAGUGCUCAGAGUUUCAACCCUCUCAACCUUGAACCCCAGGGUACAGGAGCAGGAACACUGGAGUACAUGGCUCCUGAGAUGGUAAGGGGGGAAGUUGUUGGUCCUCCUGCUGAUAUUUGGACGGUUGGAGUCAUCACCUACAUCAUGCUUAGUGGUCGACUGCCCUUUGAAGAUAAGGACCCUCGACGGGUUGAAUCUAAAAUCCUGAUGGCGAAGUUUGACCCAACCAAACUCUACCCAAAUGUUUCCCAAAGUGCCUCAGUUUUUCUCAAGAAGAUGUUGAGCAGUUAUCCAUGGGCUCGUCCAACCACACGCGACUGCUUCACACACGCCUGGCUGCAGGACUCUUACCUGAUGAAGUUGAGGAGGCAGACGCUCACCUUCACCUCCAGCCGUCUGAAGGAGUUCCUGGUUGAGCAGCAGAGCCGUCGCACCGAGAGCGCCACCAAGCACAAGGUGUUGCUGCGCACCUACCAGGGCUUGCCACAGAGCCCUCCGUCUGGCACCGCACCACAUGUACCCAUCCCUCAGUGAAUGCAAGGCUGGAGUUUUUAGGGUCGGAUCUGCCCCAAAAAGAACCACUGAUGCAUUGGUGGAAAGCACUGUGGGCAGACAGGUGGACCCACACGGGAGUCCAUGUGUUAUUUUGGAACAAUUUCAAGACUCAACAGGAGCUGCACCCUCAAAUGCAGACCACACCGAAUCGAUUAAAUUAACUAACUGCUCAGAAACUGUAGUUAAAGGACAGGAAGAUCUUUGGUUUUCUCUUGAUUGCAUUGCCUCUCAGUAAUUUUGUGAAUUCUGACAUUGCACAGUUUUAUUUGCCUUAUAGAACGUAUGCGUUUCCAAUCUGCACGAUUGGCUUAGAAGUUGCUAUAUUUAGUAGUUGUUUAAAAAUCGUUUUUGCCAUGCAGUUCAUUAGUAAACGUGAUGGUAACGUACCACCAUUAAAGCUGCUAACUUAUUUUGCAUUUAGUCUAAUUUUAAACACCGAAAAUAUUGUUUUUUCUGAAAUAUGUUUACUUUUUCCAUGUUAAUUUAUUUGCAUGUGUGUGUGAGUGUGUGUGUGUGCAUUUUUGAGUCACUUUUCAAUUUAGCAGUAAAGCAAAAAACAAAAUUAAAUAAGGAACAUGUUUGUGAUUGUUGUUGAGUCUGAAGGGAAACAGUUUUAGGGUGUUUGACGGGAAUCUGUCGUACAGCUUCUUGCUCCGUGAUCAGUCCUCGACUCUUAACCGUGAUCCAGCUGUGAACAGUAACGUUUCUGUAAAGUGUAACAUACCUCUGUGAUUUGUCGGUAUUACAAUUCGGCGGAUCUGGUUGCUUAACUCACGGUCGUCCAGUCAGUGCCUCAGAUAAACGUCAAAAAGUUGAUCUUUAAUGUGUGUCUUCUUCAGUUGUUUGCAGUAUCUGGAUAUUACAGGGGACAACUCAUUCAUACACACAUUUAGGGCAAAUAUACAUGGAGUCCUUGUAACAUUAGAAUGUCUUGUGUAUUAUCAGUCCUGUAUGAAUUUGGAUGGUUCAAGAUUUGUAAAUGUACCCAUUUGUGGUGUUUAUAUGUGGAAAAUGAUUGACAUGUUUUUAUGAGAUAGUAUGUAAUAAAAUAUUCAUACAUUUGGGAA